ACUGGAGCAAAAAGUCUGCAUCUUCUGGCUGGUCCUCCUCCACAUCUACUACUGCAGACAUGAAUUUAGGUAUGAGUGUGUGUGUCCUCCUGGCUGCUCUCUUCAGCAGUUCCUUGAGUCUGCCUUCACAAACCACGUCACAGAAUACAGAGAUAGACCCCCGGGUGUCAGAGACCCUCGCCCCACCCUCUGAAGAUAGUCACACACGCCAGGUCCGCUCCGUGGGCCCAGAGCUGUCCCAUGACCAAACAGAGGCAAGCAAGACCCUCAACCAGCUGCUCGUCAGACUGCUCUCCAAGAAAGCUGCAGCAUCCCACCCGCGGUCCUCCCUGAGCAGCAGAGCCAGCGGGCUGGCACCAGGACACAGGAUAAAGGACAGAGACUACCUGGGCUGGAUGGAUUUUGGGAGGCGCAGUGCCGAGGAGUAUGAGUACGCCUCUUAAGACCUGUCUCCACCUACAACCAUCAAUGACAGAAAUAAGGCCUUUUCUCACUGCACUUAACUCUAUUCCACAAGACAAUGUAUCAAGUUCAUUCAUAUAUUCAGGACAUAUUGUAAAUGGCCAUGUUGCCAUGCUAUAAUAUAAUAUAAUUUUAAGGAAAAACAAAACAGCUACUCAUAUGAAACAUUAAAUUGUGAUUUAAAGCCUUAUUAAA